AUGGAGGAUUCACUGUCGCAAGUCCGGCCUCAGCAUUUGGGCGACAAGUAUGGGCCAAGACUCGUCGGCAAGGCAGACAAAUUACACCAUCAGGCGGUCGCUAUGAAGCCUGGCGCAAAGGGUGAAUCGUCCCAGCCUCCGGGGGGCUUCGAUAGCACCCCGUUUCCCCGAGCGCCGCCCGGCUAUACCUUGAAAUUCACUUUCCAUCGUGGUGUCAACCUCCCCUGCGCAGACUUUGGCUCAUUUUCAUCCGACCCGUAUAUACAUGCCACACUCACCGUUGAUGUUCCCCAGCGCCAUAAGCAAGAUCCACUCCCUACUUUCAGAACACCGACAGUGCGCAAAAACCGAGAUCCCGUCUGGGAGAGCACUUGGGUUGUUGCCAAUGUCCCCGAGUCUGGGUUCCGCUUAAAAUGCCGCGUUUACGAUGAGGAUGCAGCGGAUCACGACGAUAAGCUCGGAAAUGCUUACAUUCAAGCAGAUUCAAUGAGCACAUCCUGGCCCGGUUUUCGAGAACAGCCUUUUCGCCUCAAGAAGCAUACGGGAAGCAAGCGAGUUUAUCUAUUUGGGAACAUUGCCGCCUUGGCUUCGCGGCGGCUAGACACUGAUUCACAUAUAGUCAUCAGCGUGGAAUGUUUGGCAUUUCUCGCCUUUGAUCGGCAGGCUGAUAGGGACGAAAGAUGCUGUCCAAAGCCAAGAUGGCAGGAAAACCGUCAAUCGCUACAAGCCAUUCAAAUACAAUUACAGGGCCCUGUUCCCACUGAACUGUAUCAUCGAUAUGUGGAGUUUAAGCCUUUCGUGGCGGGGAUGUUUACAUCACAUACUCUCCGGGGCCGCAUACUCAACAGAGCCCUUCACCAUCAACACGAGCGAAUCUACAACUUUGAUAGAGCAACUUUGAAUGGCCAGUUCGAGUCACCGUGCGUGGAGCUCACGCAGAAAUUCCUCGAGUUUGUUCAUUAUGCGCAAGGUGGAAGGAUAUUUACCUAUGUACUCACUCUUGAUGGCCAAUUUCGCUUCACCGAAACAGGCAAAGAAUUCGGGAUUGACAUGUUAAGCAAGCAUACAAUGCAUAGCAAUGUGUCGGUCUAUAUUGCUUACUCUGGGGAAUUCUUUAUUCGACGACGCAAACACCAUCGUCGAUCACAUUCCUUAGUUUCCAAUCGGUCAGAUACAGAGUACGUUAUCGACCACGCCGGUGAAGAAAUGGAGGUGUCCACAGAUCCCAGCAGGUAUGAACUGUUCAUAGACAAUGAUAGCGGUACCUACCGUCCAAACGCCAAAUACCUCCCCUUGCUGAAGCAAUUCUUCGCCUCCAACUUUCCGGAACUCCACAUCACGACUCUGGAUUGCCAGGCGGAUGCAGAGCGAAUGGAUGAGCUCAAGACUGAACAGAGGGAGCUUAAGAGCAGAGUUGGAGGCCAAAUGGCUUUCCUUCAACAGCGGAGCAGGUCUUCGUCUUCGUUGUCCAUAUCCAGCUCUGACGAAGAGGAGCUGAACGAGCGCAACGGCUUGGCGCAAAAGAAGAGAGGAGAAUUCGCGCAAAGAGUGCACGAUAUGCGUGACGUCAAGGGACAAGUGAUGAAAUGGGCACAGGGCGAUGAAGACUUGCCGCCGGACGGGACAAAGUUGAAGGCUUCGUCGUCGCAUACCGACCAGACACGGCCUCCCGACCAGACGGAGAGGACAGCACAUACUGGUGAUGAACAGCACUGA